AUGGCCAAGGAGUUCGUAGGAAUGACACCGGAAGAAAUCGCUGCUCUGCCAGUAUUUCCCGAGCCUGAGGAAACUGGUGGUGGUACUGUCACAACUGAUGGCGGUACUAUCGUUGCAGACGGGCGUGGCUACGUAUAUUUUAUAACGGAAAGCGGACACACCAGUUAUUUCAAGGUCGGCAAGACCGGGGAUCCGAACACUCGCUGUAUGAAUCUUCAGACGGGGAAUCCUCGGAAGUUGAAAAUGGAGGCACGUAAAGUGGCUAACAUGGACACCGUUGAGAAGAGUGUGCUGCAGGCUAUGGCGGCCAGGUACAGUAAAACAACCGGAGGAAGAGAGUGGUUCUCUGGAGAUGUGGCAGGAGCCUAUAAUCUGUUUCUGACAAUUGUCAACGCUGCUUGA